AUGGAGCAAAUUCAGGGUCAUCCCAAAACUCGAGAAGAACUAUGGGACCGAGCUUUCAAUGGUGAACGCACUGCAUUUGACCAGACUCCCAGCCUGGUGUUUCUUUUGGAUACAUUGGCCAGGAGAUAUCUCCGAGACUGUGUUCCGGUUAUACUUUAUGACUCGAUGGUAGAACAUGGCGAAGAUCUUCUACUUCAACAGUUGUUCAAAAAAUUCCCACUAUCAUUUUUUCACGGAAGAAUCGAUGACAAUUAUAAAAUUGCUGAUAAACGAUUGCUGGAACCUAUGGGAAGUGAUGAUAAAUGCAGAAGUUACAUACUAUUUUUGGCAGAUGUGAUGCGCAGCAGCAGCGUUAUUGGACCACAAACACAUGCAAAGGGUCAUCCCAAAACUCGAGAAGAACUAUGGGACCGAGCUUUCAAUGGUGAACGCACUGCAUUUGACCAGACUCCCAGCCUGGUGUUUCUUUUGGAUACAUUGGCCAGGAGAUAUCUCCGAGACUGUGUUCCGGUUAUACUUUAUGACUCGAUGGUAGAACAUGGCGAAGAUCUUCUACUUCAACAGUUGUUCAAAAAAUUCCCACUAUCAUUUUUUCACGGAAGAAUCGAUGACAAUUAUAAAAUUGCUGAUAAACGAUUGCUGGAACCUAUGGGAAGUGAUGAUAAAUGCAGAAGUUACAUACUAUUUUUGGCAGAUGUGAUGCGCAGCAGCAGCGUUAUUGGACCACAAACACAUGCAAAGGUAAUAGUAGUUGCAAGAUCUUCACAGUGGCGUGUACAAGAGUUUUUAACCCAUUCAGCAUCCAGACAUUUUGUAAAUCUAUUAGUAAUCGGUCAGUCCUUGAGAGAAGGAGAUAACACAGUGGAAUUGCCUUUCGUUCUAUACACACACCGUUUAUAUAUGGAUGGUCUUGGUUCAAGUGCUCCAAAAGUUCUCACCAGCUGGGUUCAGGGAAGAUUAACAAGACCCCGUGUGAAUCUAUUUCCAAAAAAAAUUACCGAAGGAUUUGCUGGCCACAGAUUUACAGUCAGUGUCGCCGAUCAGCCACCAUAUAUUUUUAAAAAGCUUUCGCUUGACAUAAAUGGGCAAUAUUCUGUAGCCUGGGAUGGAAUUGAAUAUCGUAUGUUAAAUAUGUUUGGCAAAUUGUUGAAUUUUAGUAUAGAAUACAGAGAACCGGGUGAUAUGAGAUUGGGCCCAGGAGAUUCAGUGAAAAAUGAAUUAGCUGCUGGUAGGGCAGAUAUUGGGGUAGCCGGAAUGUAUGUGACUGAAGAAAGGUUAACCAAAUUAGAAAUGUCAUCAAUGCAUGCUCAAGAUUGUGCUGUUUUUAUUACACUCCAAUCAACGGCAUUACCCAGAUAUCGCGCUAAUGGGCCCUUUCACUGGUCGGUAUGGAUUUGUUUAGUAUUCACUUACUUACUAGGUAUAUUUCCUCUGGCAUAUUCUGACAGGCACACUUUUAAGCAUCUUCUAGAAAAUUCUGGUGAAAUCGAAAAUAUGUUCUGGUACGUGUUUGGUACGUUCACCAAUGCCUUCAGUUUUAGUGGCGAAAAUAGUUGGAGCAAAGCUGAAAAGAUUACUACCAAGAUUCUCAUAGCAUCAUAUUGGCUAUUUACUAUUAUUGUAACCGCUUGUUACACAGGUUCUAUAAUUGCAUUUGUUACAUUACCAGUUUUUCCUGAAACUAUUAAUACUAUCAGAGAAUUGAUUUCUGGUUUCUUUCGAGUUGGUAUUUUAGAUAAAGGUGGUUGGCAACAUUGGUUUGAAAAUUCAACUGACGAAGCCGUCGCAAAACUUUGGAAAAAUAUUGAAUUUCUUCCAGAUGUGCAAUCGGGACUUCAUAAUACUACACACGCUUUCUUUUGGCCUUAUGCAUUUUUUGGUUCGAAGGCCCAACUUGAAUAUAUAGUGCAGGCCAACUAUAGUGUAGAUAAAAAAAAUAAACGAUCAGUUUUACAUAUUUCCGACAAAUGUUUUGUACCUUUCGGUGUUGCUAUUGGUUUUCCGAAGCACGCCAUCCACGCAUCGAGAAUUGACACUCUCAUUCAGCACGCCUGGCAAGGCGGCCUUCUCACUAAGUUGACCAACCAAGUCAAAUGGGAUAUGCAGAGGUCUAGUACGGGAAAACUUCUCAUGGCUUCCUUUGGUAAAGCAUUACGAUCAUCAGCUCCCGAUGAAAGAGGUUUAACAUUGGCUGAUACAGAAGGUAUGUUCUUAUUGCUUGGAGCUGGUUUCGUUGCCGCAGGAGCUGCCCUAAUUUCAGAAUGGAUGGGUGGAUGUAGCAGAAAAUGCCGCUCUAUUAUCCGCAAAAAGAAACAAGAUGAAGCUGACGAAUUCGAAAGACAACAACAUUUGGAAGUUUCUGAUGCAACUUCUUUGAGUACAGAUGACGGAACAACCGCUAAGAGCAAAAAUGACCGCAAAAAGUCUUCUCAGACUUACAGAGUUGAUACACCUUGUCCAGAGUUAAGAUUACACGGAUCAAAUUCGAAUGUAUCGCUGAAUAAAACUGUUUUGCGUCGUGCUUCUGUAGAAGUCCAUGAACAUAGUUCAUCUAACGAUCUUGAUUGCGUUUCAACAGAUGGAAAAAUUCUGCACAAAAUUGAAAAUGGGAAAUGUAAUGGAAUGAAUGGCAGCAAUGAUAAUGCUGAGUUAAAUGAUGUUCAACAUGGAGAUCCUGUAACUAACGAAAAUCUAAUCUACUUCGAAAAUUCAGAGUUAAGUGAUUUGCUGUUUGAAGGCCCUAUGACAUUCGAGGAACAUAUAAAGCACUUGGAGACAAAUAAAAAAGAUAAAAAAAUUAAUGAAGAUGAUACAGAAAUAAAUCAUUUGAAAUUUGAAGGCCCUAUGACCUUUGAAGAACAAAUGAAGCACUUGGAAACCAAUAAAGAGAAUACAAAAAUUAAUCAUUUGAAAUUUGAAGGUCCAAUGACCUUUGAAGAACAUAUAAAGCACUUGGAAUCCAAUAAAGAGAAUGCAGAAAUAAGUAAUUUGAAAUUUGAAGGUCCUAUGACUUUUGAAGAACACAUAAAGCACUUGGAAACCAAUAAAGAGAAUACAGAAAUUAACCAUUUGAAAUUUGAAGGUCCUAUGACCCUUGAAGAACAUAUGAAGCACUUGGAAACCAAUAAAGAGAAUACAGCAAUAAAUCAUUUGAAAUUUGAAGGUCCUAUGACUCUUGAAGAACAUAUAAAGAACUUAAAAGCAAAUGAAGAUAAUACAGGAAUAAAUCAUUUAAAAUUUGAAGGUCCAAUGACCUUUGAAGAACAUAUAAAGCACUUGGAAUCCAAUAAGAAGAAUACAGAAAUAAAUAAUUUGAAAUUUGAAGGUCCCAUAACUUACGAAGAGUAUAUAUUGGAAACAAAUGAAGAAAAUUCAGAAAUAAAUAAUUCGAAAUCAAACUUGAUGAAUAAUUGUGUCGAUCCGAUAAUGGAUUGUGAAUGUACUACUAAUAUAAGCAGGAAGAGCUGCUGGAAAGUAAAUUAUUUGGAGAAAAGGUUAAUUGAAAAUAUUUUUCAGUUUGUAAACACUAAUUGGUUUGCAGAUAAAUAUUAG